GCCAUCUUCUCUUCUGUCCAACCCACUGAUAACAUCGCUCGGUCAACCAAAUUCUGAGAUAAUGAGUAGUUGCUGUCUAUGAUGUUUGUAUGUAGUCAAACUUCAUUCUGCUUGCUUUGUAAUUUUGACUUUCAUUCUUCUGUUACCAUGGUGAUGGCUUUACGCAUGUCAGAUAUACAACUGCUUCCGGGAUUGUUUAGACGAUGCUUCCUUUGAUAUUUCACUGCAGACUAGCAAUAGAUCUCUGAUCACGUCACAUGACCUCAUUAUGAGUAAAAACACAGGCACUUCGAUCAAAGAUGAUAUUUUAGAUACUUUAGAGAAGUUUGGGCGUGGAAAUGAAAAGAAAAAUGAAUCAGAUAUAAAUCAGCAAGCAGCUAUCUCCCAUCCGUUAGAAGAGGAUCUGUCAGACUGUGAUGUUGACAAUUAUUUCAAAGAAACAAAACAUAGCACAUUUACAUCAUACUGUGAAGAAUGGCAGCGAUUAUUCGGUUGCCAUAACUACAUGUCAGUGAUCAAAAAGCAAGGAUUUAAUGGAAACUUGAGAAGUAGUAGAUUUAGAAGUGUAUGUUGGAGAUUGUAUUUAGAUUGUUUACCUGAGGAUCAGUGUGAUUGGAUCGAAAAAGUUCGGGAAAGCCGACAGAUUUACAGCGAUAUUAAAGAUAUACACAUAACGAAUCCACGUAACGAAAGUAAACAAGAUGUUACAGUUCACCAUCCAUUGUCAUUGGAUGAACAGAGCCCAUGGAACAAAUUUUUUCAAGACAACGAAUUAAGACACGUUAUAAAUCAAGAUGUUAAAAGAACUUUCCCAGAAAUCCAAUUUUUUCAGACGCAAGAAGUUCGCGAUAUGAUGGUCAAUAUACUGUUUUGCUAUGCACGGGAAAAUGAAGAAUUGUCCUACAAACAGGGUAUGCACGAGUUAUUAGCACCUAUUAUCUUUGUACUCCACUGUGAUCACCAGGCAUUCUUACAUGCUACAGAAAUGGAGUCGUUAUUAGAAGUUGUUAAGGAGCUUUUAAAUCCCGAUUACAUUGAGCACGAUGCAUACGCCUUGUUUGUACAGCUAAUGGAAACCAUGGAACCGUGGUAUAGAUUUGGCAGACCAGAGUCAAGGUCAUACUUCCAGGGUAUCAAAAACAAGAUCAUGUCAGCGACGCCAUUCACUGAUCCAUCAGAAUUCAGCCCUUCCUCACCAGUUGUUACAAAACUCACCAAAAUACAAGAUAGAGUACUUCAAAAAUAUGAUUAUGAAUUGUAUUUACAUUUAUCUCGACUUGAGAUUGCACCACAGAUAUAUGGCAUUCGGUGGGUUCGUUUGCUGUUUGGAAGAGAAUUUCCUUUACAAGACCUAUUAGUAUUAUGGGAUGCCAUCUUUGCAGACGGUUUGACUUUUGACUUGAUAGAUUAUAUAUUUGUCGCCAUGUUGAUGUAUGUACGAGAACAAUUAUUGAGUAAUGAUUAUCCCGGAUCACUGAAAACACUGAUGAGGUAUCCACCUGUUACAGAUGUCCAUUUUCUUCUCAACCAGUCACUGUAUCUUAGGAAACCAAAGGAUCGCAAGAAACCUUCUGUACCUGUAUAUAAUUUUUCUUAUCCUAAAAUUGAUGUUGCCGGUCAAUCUAAGACAGCGCCCUCACAGUCUUCAACACAGAAACCUAAACCCAAUAAAGUCAGUGUGGGCAUCGCAAAUAUAACAAAGAGAAUCAAGAACAAAACGUCAGACGUGAAAGUGAAAGUACCGAAAUCAACAAGUGAACCGUCGUCAAUUAGUGAGGCUGGUAGUGAAGCAGUAGACAAAUCUGUCAAAGCAAAGACUUUACCGUCACGAGGCAGUGGAACCAUGACACCGCUGGAUAAUGUAACACCAGGCACAGGUAAAACUCCUCAAUCUGAUGCAGCCAGUAAAAAAACAUCUAUAUUUGGUCGACCAAGAAGUUUUAGUAGAAAGAAUAAAGAGGAAGAGGAACUUCAACAUAAAUUAUCAAUAGUACAAGGAGAGUACAAUGACUUACAGGACAUGUGUAUGUACUGCUCUACUAAAAUGGAGUCACUUAUCAAUAAUGUUCAGAAAGAAUUGACAAAAGAGAAGUUGCAGAGAGAAGAUGAAAUCAUGCUGGCAAUCGCUGGACUUAAACAGGUAAGAGAUAUCCUUAAAGGUACUCUAAAGUUUUCUCGGAAUUUACUUGACGAUGAAGACGAGAUCGUAAUCAGCGAUGAUCACUACGGACUGAAUCUAGAUGGGGAGUCAUCUGAUCAGUCAGCUGACCAAUUAGAGACAGUCCUGUCAGGUGACAUUGCUGUCGACCAAACUGAUCAAUCUUCAGUGUCAGCUGAUCAGUCUUCUGACCAAUCGGAGACAGCUCUCCCAAAAGGCACAGACUCUACAAAUUCGCAGGAUUUUGUUUUUCUUGAUGGAGAACCUGGAAAUGGAACUGCAAGCCAGCAUGAUGAUGCUCUGGAAUGUAACCGUGGUGACAAAUUGAUGGUGGACAAUAGCGAAACUCAGUCGGCAGAAAUCAAUGAUUUGGACUACUCAAUAUUGAACAUUGAUGGUAAUCUUUCAAAUACGACAACAAAAUGAGAACUUUUUUCUGACUCAUGAACUUGCUCUGUGUACAUAUAUCACUUUAUUGUGGCAUAAAUUUUAAUAGCGUGUUUGUUUUAAACCACGGGAGAAAAUUAUUUUCUUCUUGUGCUUAUCAUUAUCUAAAUUACCAGAACUUUGGGUUUUUGUGUUUUAACUAUCCAUAAGUUUGUGAAUGUACGUCUGUCUGUAUUGGUUGAAUGUUAGUGAACAACAAAUGGAGUUGUAAUCAUACAAUUUUAAUAUUCAGUAUAUGUUGUACUGUGUAUUUAUGCGCCUUUUCACCACUUUUGUGAAUAUUUACAACAAAGUAGUUUUUUGCUUUUAUCAUUAAUUUAGAUCCAAACAUCAAAGGUUUUAAGUCACACACUGCAAGUGUUGUCAAAUCAUGUCUGGUCUCUCGAGAAGCAAUGUAGAAAAAUUUUGAAAAAAAGAGAACCAGUUUAAAUAUUUACUUGUCAGGAAAACCGCGACUGAGUUCGAUUAGUGAUUCUAUUUUUUUAUACUACAGGGAAAUUUCUAUUUUGUGUUUUAGAUGUACAUUUCUAGUGUUGAUACAAAUGCUCAGCGGAUGCAAAACACUCUAGUUAAUACUUGACUACCCAAGCCUUUUAUUUGAGUGUAACUUUAGUUAAAACAAACUGGUUUUGAAAUGGUGGACAGACACAUUUAGAGUAAGUACUCCAUCGAAUCAACUUCCUCUAUUGUACCAGUACCAGGGUGGUUGAAUCAACAUUUUGGUACAUGUACAGUGAUUUUCAUAAGGGCAUUAAUGUUUUCAUUCAAAUCCAUUAAAGAUGCUUUAAUUGGCUAUAAAUGCAAAUUUGGUAACACCCAUGAGUCUUUGCAAGUCUCUUUCAGUCAUUGGCUAAAUUACUACUAUGCAUCAGUGUUGUGAUUGGUCAAGUUGUUUUCAACUGACCGUCUUAGAAAAUUUUUAAAUAUUCAUGCCUACAUGAAAUUCACUGUAAAUACUGUUAUGUCCAGUAUACCAUUUGAUUUUUAUAAAAAAAAAUAUAAAAGCUGUGUUAAAUUUAUAACAUUUUGGGUAGUUGGCUCUAUGUUAAAAAUUACCCAAGUUUUGACAUUGCUGUCUGUAGGGAGUUUAGCCCUUUGAGCACCAAAUUUCCCAGUUAUAUUUGUUCAAAUUUUCUGCAACUGUCACUGAAUUCAAUCUUCAUUUUAGACUAAAACAGACAAAAUGUGACCUCGCUUUUGGUUUUUGAUAAAAAAAAAUUGAAAUAUUUCAUUUGAAAAAGAGCAGACUAUAAAUACUACUAUUUUGUGGAUGGUGACUGAAGUCAACUUUGGUGCUCAAUAGGUUAGGUUAAUGUUGUCUGACCUGACAAUUCAGAUCAAAAUGCAAAAAAAAAAAUGUUGGGAAAUAGUAUUCAACUUUAGUGCAAUCUUUACUGCCAUUUUCAAUGUGUAAUCGUUCGCCACAAAGUAGUCCUGUUUAAUAUCUGUGUUUUCAUAGAUAUUUUUAAUAUUUGAUCGUAAUCUCAUUGAAAUAUACUUUUUAUCCCUGAGAGAAAAUUACACAGACCUGCAAUAUUUAUACAAAAUGUUGUACCCGUUUGUAAACAAGGCUGAUUUAAAAAAAAAAAAAAAAAAAGUUUGUUCACUGAUGUGUUACGAGUGUAACCAGAAAUAAACCGAUUGAUUUUCAUUAUAAUUAGUAAUUGCAUGUACUGGUAUAUCAUUAACUUGUUUCUG